GCCUCCAAAAAGUUUUAGAAAAUCCAAAAAAAAUAUAUUCGAAAAUGUCUCGCACAAUUCUACUGAUCCAACUCGAUUCGCGCGAUAAGAGUCGCUCCUACGCCUACUUCCACAGCGUCGACGAGUGCUUGGAGCGUGUGUGCAAGAUCUACGAGGAGCACCUGAAACGCUGCACUCCAUGUGCCCAUGUCAUCACCUACGACAUUCUGCAAUUGUUUGACUUCAUCGACAUGCUGAAGGAUCUCACCUGCUUGGUGUUCGAAGAGGAGGCCAACACCUAUGCGCCACGCAACAAAGACUGGAUCAAGAAUCAAAUAAGUGACAAGCUGCGAAAGGAGGCGAACAAAAGCGGGGGAACUGGGGAAACGGCAAACGCAGAAAAGAAACGACUUGUAAAGGAGCGCUAA